CGGCGCGCGCCGCGACGCCAGCCGUCACCAUGGCGACGCCCCGCCACCUGCCGCUGCUGCUCGCACUGCUGCUGGCCGCACUCGCCCGAGCCGCACCUACCGACAUCGCAGGAGCGGGCGACGUCUUCGUGUUCCCGGAGCCCCACGUGGUGGCGGCGGCGGCCCCACUGCCCACGGCGUCUGCGUCUGCGGCGGCGGCAUCUGAGGCAGCAGGGGGCGGUGUGGGGGCGAGCGCCGUGGCCGAGGGUGGGUUGGCCGGCGCCUCCAGCUUCAGCGGUCCCGGGUUCGCUGCCAGCCACGCCUCCAGCUACGGCGGCGGCGGGGGCGGCGCCUUUAGCUACAGCAGCGGCGCGCACGCUGCCUCCUACAGCUCCAGCUUCGGGCCGGCGGGGGCGGCGGUCCAUCACUCGGCCAGCUUCAGCUUCAGCCACAGCCAGGGCCUCGGCCACGGCCAGCAGCAGUUCCCGCAGCUGCCGCCAGAGUUCGUACGCCGUCGCGGCUCGUCUUCCAACCCAGCGUUGAAAUCUCCGGAGCUAUUGCGGCGACUGAUGCGACGCCUAUCUACUGCCAGGCGAAACGCCACGACAUUUCUACGAAGGGCAGCGGCCUCGUCUCAUUGACAACUGCUGUGCUAGGAAAAAUGUCUCCAUGCUCAAGCUUUUUUUUUUUUUUUUUUUUUUAAAUUUAAUUCCUGCUACGUAGUAGUUACCAUCACAAGUUACCGAAGAAAACCUCAAGUUGACCAAAGCUGUAAAUGUAAGCAAAGCACCCGCAGGUGUUGCAACUCACUGCCAUAACUCCAACGUUGUGUUCAGCCUCUCACCAUUUAAGCAUAAAUAAAUAGCAUUGCUCAAAUUUUAA